AUGGACAUCCACCGCCUGAAGGCACUCGCCUUUACUACCUCGCUGGUCGCCCUUGUAUUUCUCAUCACGCAAACCAGAUUCACAUUUUCCUCCGUCAAUCUCACAUGGCCGCCUUUGACGUUCGGCGGCAAACGACGGCCAGAUUUCAGCAUGUAUAAAUCACUCUCGAUCUUGUCUGUGCAAGACUUUCCUCUGGACCCGGCGGCGAGUCGACGGACAGUGAUAAUAGGAGACAUACAUGGGAUGAACAGUUCGCUGAGUUCAAUUCUCGAUGUGCUCGACUACGACCCAAGCUCUGACGUCCUCAUCCAUGUCGGAGACAUCAUAGCCAAAGGGCCCUACGAAGGCUCACUGGCCGUCCUAUCCUACAUGGCGUCGCACAACAUCACCGGCAUCCGGGGGAACCACGACCAAAAGGUCAUUGAAUGGCGCGGCUGGCUUGACUGGCUGCACCGCUUCCCCGACGGCCGGAAAUGGCUGACUGUGUUGGAGCGCCGCUGGGACGAAGCCGCUGCGGAAGGCGCAGACCCCGACGUCUGGGCCAGCAAGCAGAUGAAGCGCCACCGCUCGCCGUGGUGGCGCACGAUCCCCAAGGACUGGAAAAUCUUCGCGGAGCACUACAAGAUCGCGCGGGCGAUGUCCGAUGCGGAAUACCGAUACCUGCUCGCCCUGCCGCUGGUCCUGCACAUCCCGCAUGCGCACACGUUUGUCGUGCACGCAGGGCUCCUUUCGUCCGAUCCGCGGUACAAGCCGAGGGACCCCCGGCAGCCUCUAGCUCGCGUCCCUACGCUAUUCGACUCUGCCAAGUCGAAGCAUGGGUCCGACGUGCCCAAGCUUCGCCGCGCGCAAGAGUCGGCACUCCUCUCUGACAUCGAGCAAAACACCGAUCCCUGGGUCAAACUCAACAUGAGAGGUGUUCUGAAGAACCACGAUGUCACAAGGGGGAAAGACGGCAGGCCGUGGUCGGAUAUCUGGAAUCGGGAUAUGUCUCGAUGUGACGGGUUCGAGCACGGUCUUAGCUUUGACGACGACCAUACAACCUCAAAGAAGCGGAAAGCCCUGCCUUGUCACCCCUCGACAGUGGUAUACGGCCACGCUGCGUCAAGAGGCCUGGACAUCAAGCGGUGGACAGUGGGCUUGGACUCCGGGUGUGUAUACGGCCGCAAGCUCUCCGCGUUGGUCCUGGGCCGCCACAAGCACGUCAAUCUACAGAAGCACCAGAAGCACCAAAAGCCCACCCCCACCGAUAUUCCCUUCAGCGACAGCCUGACGGGGCACGUCGUCAGCAUCGAGUGCCAGCUAGAGUGA